AUGAAACCUGGUAGUAACUCGGGUUUAGGGUUAAGGAAAGGUGCAUGGACUGCCGACGAAGAUAUUCUUCUGAAGAACUAUAUUGAGAAAUACGGCGAAGGGAAAUGGCAUAUCGUUCCUCUGAAAGCAGGGUUAAACAGGUGCAGGAAGAGUUGUAGGCUUCGGUGGUUAAACUAUUUGAGGCCAAACAUAAAAAGAGGAAACUUUGGUGAAGAUGAAGUUGAUCUCAUACUCAGACUUCAUAAGCUAUUAGGAAACAGGUGGUCAUUAAUUGCGAGAAGAAUACCAGGGAGAACUGCUAAUGAUGUGAAGAAUUACUGGAACACUCGUACUCGCCUUCGUUCCAAACCACAAAAGAAGGAAGUAGGUCACGAUGAAUCAUUACAAGACAACAGGAUCAAAAUUAUUAAGCCUCAACCACGAAGUUUCUCCAAAACCCUAAACCAAAACAAGUUAAAUAUGUGCCCCGGGUUAAUCUCACCAUCGAAUGUACUUGAUCAUGAAACCAUUAAUGAGUGUUUAGUCGGUUUAUUCGAUGACCAUGAAAAGGAAAUUGAUGGAAAAUUUGGUUGGUAUUCAUUUGAUAGUUCUUCGGCAGACAAAAAGGCUUUAAAUGGUGUCGAACAUGAAGUUGAUAACAAUAGUUUAUUCGAUUUCCCGUUGGAUGAGCUUACCUGGGACUUUACAAAUUCGGAUAAAUUAUGA